CCAGCCCCUCGCAGGUGCAGUAAACAGCCAGCUUCACGCAAUUCCUCGAACAGUCAUUAUUUCACUCUGUGCUCUGGAAACAGCCACAGAAGUGAUGAGAUCCCAGUUGGCACUGGGCUUGGUUUUCGUUUGCUAUACCAUCAGCUUUGUCAUCUGCGGCGAACGUGUUGAAUAUGUAGACGCUGGCAAGAAAAAGGAGCCACCAAAGAAGCUUCGUGACAGUAAACAAGGUGUCAAAAUGGGUGUCAAAAGCGCCAGCUGUGAUGAUGGAAGGAGCAGACUGGAAGUGGACUAUGAUGGAUCUCCAAUAGAGCACACUUGCUACACUCCAAAGGAGCCCUACCCUCCUGAAUCAGAAGAGGAACUUCCCUCCACGAUGGAGUGCGACAAAAUAAAAGGAAGAUACUCCCCCAGCCAUUACUGCAUGAACCGGAGAAUAACAUAUGACCAUUACCUUCCAACACAUGAGGGCCAUCGUCCACUGUGGGCAGUCUAUGGUGAAUACAAGUAUUGUCCUCCACAGAGGUGGCUCCAUAAUGUUGAGCAUGGAGCACUUGUCAUGCUCUACCAUCCAUGCACACUGCCGAGUCUCGUGGACAAGUUGCGGGACAUAGUAAAGAGCUGUCUACGGAAAUACAUUAUUACACCUUAUAGGCAGCUUACACGUGAAAGGCCACUAGCCCUCGUUGCUUGGCGCUGUCGGUAUGAGAUGAACACAGUAAAUGAAAAGGAAGUGAAGAAGUUCAUCAAGGCAAGGGCAAUGAAAGCACCUGAAUCACACUAUCCGAGAGAUGGCUACUACAAAUUUGAGCUAAUAGAACAAUCUUCUGCACCUCCUGGCUCGGAUAUCAGAGAUUCUGUUGUCUGCCCGAAACAGUGAUGUGCUCGUUCUUUUUGGUGAUACGAACCAGGGCCCCCUUUCGCAAACGUUGAGGAAAUUCCUCAGUGCCAUCCUUAGUGGCACUGCCAGUGCUCCAGGCAUGAGCAGCAUUGAGGACGGUAGCAUGUGCACGAGGCACUACAGAAGCUACUGAAGAAUCUCCUCAACUGUAGCGCAAAAGGGCCCAGAUGCCAGGUCAUGCUUUUUUUCCUUGUCACAUUGGCAGUCUUCAGUCAUCAUUGAAACCAGUGGUCAUUGAACAUGCACAUAGCACCACCAAGUGUGUAAUAUGUCAACUUCUCAUUGAGCAUUGAAUUCAAGAGCAUUGCAUUCAAUUCAAGAGCAUUGAAUUCAAUGCUCCCCGACAGGUUCACACAUCACACACUUGGUGGCGCUACGUGCAUGUUCAAUUUAGGGUGCCUGAAUACUAGCUCCCUCUGUGUAGGGUGAAGGCAACUGCAUCGUCUGCUACGAAUUUCCGCCAUCUUCAUGCCCACACACAGCUCGCGGCGUCAAAAUGGUGGCUUUGCGGCACACGCUUCUACAAAGGAUGACUCCACCCUACACACAGGGAGCUGUUAUUCAGGCACCAUAGUUCAAUGGCCAUUGCUUUCAAUCUUCAUUGAAGAUGACCGGUGUGAGAGGGGUAUUAAAGCAGUGUUUAUCUGCUACGUACAUUACGUUUCGCUUGAGAACAGUGCCACAGAGGUCUCUGUGGUACAAGUGAUAAUUUAGAUAAUCCACGACGAUGCGAAGAUAAGCACAGAGGUACAAUGCUCGAUAUUUUAAGCUGGUGCUCUACAAGCACUGCGUAAACAACAUAGGGCCUUGUGUUUUCAGGUUUUAAGUGUUUUGAAAACCAGGCAGUAAAAACUGGGUUUUAUUUCAGAAGCCAUAACUUCGCAAUUUGCCAAGUUAGUUUUUUGGGUAUUACCCUAGUAACGAUGCAAAUCGAGGGGGGGGGGGGGGGGGUAAAAAUGGGUUAUACCCUAAAACAUAUGGCCCUAUUGGUAAACAAUUGUACAUAGCCAUUCGUCAAAAUACCCAAGCAGCACAAGAAUGUGCGAUACGUUAGUACCACAGAACCACGAAUUUAUUUUAAUGGUGAUGACUGCUCUACCUCAUUGCUGGAGGUAAAGUGGUGAAAUGUACCACAAAAGUAAUGUGCUAGGUUACAUUCCAUUCCUUAUAGCUCUCCCUCAUUGGUGGUGGCAGUAAGGGAGAAGAAAACUAAGAACAAACCACCUAUAUAUUCCACUCGUAGCGGGUCUGGGGCUCAGUUUCAACAAAGCUUGCCUGUCAUGGAAACAUUAUUGGAGGCUUCCCCAACGUCUCGUUUUCUUUAAUUCAUUGCUUCAGCUUUCUCAGUGCAAUGUUGUGAAGCAUGUGCACACAUAAAAGCUGCCCAACAGUGGUCCAGAGUAGCAUUUAACGCCGGAGGCGUGCCACGCAAUAGACCUUUUUAGAAAAGCAAGCAGCACCUUUGGCACGCAAGGGCUCAUGGGAACUUCGAGUGCCUUACAGCAUUAAAGUAGCACAGAAGUCAUUUUUAACACCCAGGUUUCUUCCUAUAAAACUGUUAAGUAGGCCAGUAAGAUGCACCAUGCGAAGUAAUUUACACCACGGAGUCAUAAUUAUAGCAGAAAUUGAAUUUAAAAUACGCCGCAAAAAGCGACCGUGCGCAACGGCGGUGAAGAGCAGUACCAGCCUGUGAUCUGCCUGGAACCUCGCGCUGACGCUAUAAGGAGAAUGCUCGCUGAUUGGCCUAGAGAAAUGUUGUCUGCUACUCCGCUGUCGUCUGCUACUCGGCUGUUCGGGGUUCUGAUAAAGCCUUUCUCCUUGCUCGGUAAUGCUUCGGCCGCUCCUUCUAUCCCCAGUUCUCCGGGAAAACUGGCAAAACAGGUUUACGUCGGCAAAGGGACAAGGCGCUGACCCCCACUGACCGGCAAACCAGAACGAGUCUCCUUAUGCCGUCAUCGGUGACGUGGCAUCAUACCUCAUCCUCGUUAUAGCUGGAGUGGCGAGUCAAGGGUGAAGGCGUGGAGCUAUGUUUAUGUGAGUUUCUUUUCUGGGAAACAAAUUGCACAGAUCAAAACCUUUCGCGCUACUCGGUAUAAUGACACACACACUUUCAUCAGAUGUCUUAAUCUGAAAUUUUUUUGGAUGGCCCUCUGUACUCCUUUAAGAGACGGCCAGAGGCGGAGGUACUAGAAAAACAACAAUAUUCCCAGUGUGCGCAGUAGCAGCAGCGUCUGCCGUGAUAAACCAUAACCGAAGCAGACGACAGAGCAGUGUUCCUCAAAGUUCCCAUGCUAGUUUGCGCCGCACGCUUGGUGGCGUGCUUAUCUUUGUAAAAUCGUCUAUUGCUUCGUUCGAGGCCGUUGGGGAACGAAUGAAUGAAUGUCUUUCUAUGAAGCCUACAGCAGUAUCUUGUCGCAGCACUUUACAUUGUGUCUACCUUCCAGUUUUGAAGGCUUUCGGAUAUUUCUACGUGGACGAUCAUGUUGCUAACACGUGCUACACUUUUUGCCAACUGACGUACUGUCUGUGGAUGUUGUGAUAAGAUGUUUUGCUACUUGUAUUUAUGAGUGAUAUUGUCUGUGUAUUUAUGCAGUACCAAUCCCUCAAAACAUGCUUGCGUGGUGUGGAAGUGUACACCUAAAUCGAAGGCAGCAACUUAACCAUUCUCCUACCUCUUCACGAGAAGUCGCCGCAGGCCUCUGGUUUUCCAGGUACCUGUGGGCUUGUGUACUACGGGCGAGGGACAGUCAGUACAAAGGUUAGCAUCGAGCAAUGGGCAAUACCCAGAUUGCAUAUGUAACUCAAUCACAAGUUUUGUACUAAUUUGGGUAGUACUUGUGACCCACUAUAAAAGUAAACAAAACAAAUUAUCUUUGUUAUCGUAAAUACUGCUAUUCGAGACAAGUAUUAAGGCAUGCAUUUGGCAGCUUGUGUCCAGGAAUAGCUAAUCUUUCUCCUCUAAAGCUUUGUGCAAAAUAAAUAGGUGCCCUUUAUUGUACUGUAGCUAUCAGUUCUCGUAGAAGCUUUGGGGACCACCAAACAUUCUUGAAAACGUCCUCUACACAAUGACAUGCUCUCUCCCUCUCAGAGAACUUCUGGCUGACUGUCCCCUGGAAGCUUUGAGUUUUUAGGAGAUACUAUUGGAAGGUGGUGUUUGAGGGAGUCUGUUAGGAUGGUUUUGCAGUUGAGCUGUCUUGAAAGGAAAAAUAUCAAUAGCAAACUGACAGAGUUGUGCUCUUUCAAAUUCUAAAGCAAACAUUUUAGAGCAGGCAAAGAUAAACAACUAUGCCUGAUGGAAAGGAAUGGGACUAGUUAGUAAAUUUUAUACAACAUACUGAAAUAUAUUGAAACUAGUCAUUAGUAUUCCCAUGUGAACGUUUUUGUGCCUUUCAGAUAUUUUGAAUACAGAACAAAGGUAUUUAUACCGAAAACUAGCAUGUACAUACAACACUACGUAAAGCUCUGUAUAUAAUUAGUCCCGCUUUCUUUUCAAAGUAUUUAGCAUUUGAAAACGUUACCGACUGCACUCAUGAGCCGUGCUGAAUUAAAAUACAUAUUCCAUUUGCUUAAACGUUUUGUAUCGAUAACAGCCUACAACCGCAGUUGUACGCAUCUGCAGAUAUUGUAAACUGUGAACUCGUGUCCAAUAAAAUGUGCAUCCCUUU